AUGGCUAUGGACGAAGCGCUGAGCUGGGCGUGUGUCGGGCUGAUCUACGUGGGCCUGGCGGCCGCUGCUGUGCUGCUGCUGCAGGGCAAGUACCUGCAGAUGCAGCGGUGCUUAUUGCUUCUGACCGUGGGAUCCAACCUGCGGUAUCCAAUGCUCGGGCUGGCGCGGGGCACGACUUUGCUCAUUACCGUGUCCAAUGUCUUCAGCUACGUCAGCGGCGUGGACCCCGUGGAUUGCAAUCAAAUCACCUUCGACCGCUUGGAGGGCAACGAGAUCAGCAUGCUGGCGAUGUUCACCUGUCAUCCCAGCUGGGCCUUGGAUUUCUGGUACGGCGUGGUGGGGGGCGCCCAGCCUUUGCAGCUAUGCAUGCACCUGCACAUCAUCUGCAACACUACUUGCUUGGCCCUUUCCUUCUUGCACAUCUUCGGCAACUUCUCGGGGAAGGCCCGGCGCGGCCUGGGCCGGGCCAGCGCUCUGAGCGGCAUGCUGGGCAUCAGCUGCGGGCUGAUGGUGGGCUUGCACGGGGCGCAGACCGGCCGCUACGGUGGGACCAUUGUAGGCAUCGGCUGGAUUUGGAUGGCCGGCGCCUCUGCGGUGUGCCUUGGAAAGGGCGUCUCUGCGGUGAUGCGGAAGAACAUGAAAGCUCACGAGGAGUGGAUGACCAGGUUCUACGUUCUCAUGUGGAGCAACUUCCUCAUUUUCCGCCUGCUGCUCUUUGUGCUGACGCCCGUCUUUGAGGAGUGCCGGAACUGCGCCUUCCUGAUCCCCACCUACGCCAGCCCUGCCAUCGGCCUCGUCCUCGCAGAGCUGCUGCUCCGGCGCAAGGCGCUCGGCUUAGUCGGCUCGCCGGCCACUUGGGCCGCGGGCUACCGGGCGCUGAAGUGA